AUGCUUCACGGGUUCCUGUCUCGCGUCAAGCCCAGAAGCUUAUCAUCCACCACCACCGGCGCCGCCGCCGCACACAAGCCGCAGCUGAAGAUAAUCGCCCAAUCCGCCGCCAACAACCCGGAGAUCUCCACCGUGAUGAUGGCGCCGGUAUUAUUUCCUCCGCCGCUGAUGAAAGUGGCGGCGGGGUCGCUGCAGUACGAGAGCGGGUUGCUGGGCCCCGUCCCCGAGAAGCAGAAGAACGCGGCGGCGGGGGGAGACGGCGGCGGCGGCGGCGUCCACAAUGUCAAUGAGAUGAGCUACUUGACUAGGAUACUGUCGUCUAAAGUGUACGACGUGGCGAUAGAGUCGCCGUUGGAUUCUGCUCCCAAGUUGUCGGAGCGGCUGGGCGUCGGUGUUUGGCUCAAAAGAGAAGACCUCCAGCCGAAGAGACUAAUUUCAAAUUUCAAAUACCAUGGGCAGAGGAUCGUGUUGGAUCAGGUCGGAGGGUUCGCCGAUGGCGUUGCUGUUAAGGCUGUUGGUGAGGAGCCGUUCCGGUUGUGUAAGGAACUCGUCGAUGGCGUCGUUCUGGUGAGCCGGGACGCCAUUUGCGCAUCGAUAAAGGACAUGUUUGAAGAGAACAGGAGCAUACUUGAGCCAGCGGGGGCUCUGGCCAUGGCUGGAGCUGAAGCCUACUGUAAAUACUACGGGCUCAAAGGCGAGAGUGUGGUGGCAAUUACCAGCGGAGCGAACAUGAAUUUCGACAGACUUGGCCUGGUUUCUCAGCUUGCAGAUGUGGGAAGACGGUCCGAGGCUGUUCUAGCUACGUUUGUGCCUGAGAAGUGGGGGAAUUUCAUCCAGUUCUAUAAACUGGUUGGCCCAGUGAAUAUUUCCGAGUUCAGAUACAGAUACGAUGCUCACAAAGAACAAGCUCUCGUUCUCUACAGUGUCAGCUUUGAUACAACCAUGGAGCUCGAGAAGUUGCAGGACUGGAUGAAAUCUGCUAAUCUCUAUACUCUUAAUCUCACCGAUAAUGACCUUGUCAAAGACCAUCUCCAAUUUUUGGUGGGUGGUCGGUCCAAGAUCGAGAACGAGAUUGUAUGCCAAUUCAUUUUCCCUAAAAGACCAGGCGCUCUAGGGAAGUUCCUUGACUUAUUUAGCGUCAGUUGGAACAUCACACUGUUCCACUACCGAGAUCAGGGGGGAAGUGACGCCAAUGUGCUAGUGGGUUUCCAAGUUGCAGCAUCUGAGAUGGACGAGUUCAAAUCCUUGGCCAAUAGCCUGCACUGUGACUACAAGUUUGAGACGGACAGUGAGGUCCUGGAGCUUCUGCUGCACUGA